AUUUUACUGAAGAAGUUGAUAUUGAUAAUAUAUCAGAUUCAGAUAAUAAAAGCCAGCAAAGUAAUAAUAAUUAUGUUGAUAAAGAGAAUGUAAAUUCUUAUUUACAAAAUCCAAAAGUGUAUAAGGGCAGAGGUUAUUCGCCGGGUACUAAAAGACUCAAGUUGUCUUAUGAAGUUGUCAAGCCCUAUAAAAAAUGCGGAAAUGUUGG